UUUCGUUUUAAUUCCAUAGUGUAGUUGCUGCCCACAAGAUCCCGAUUUGAAAUAUAAUUCAGCACAAUGGAUUCAAAUGUAUUCGAAAUAUUCUUUAGAGCGCCAGCAGAUCCUGUGCUGGCCAAGAACAUGCCAAUAAUAGCCUCUCAUUGGCCUGUUACGUUAAUCCUAGUGGGAUAUCUUCUGUUCGUAUUAAAAAUCGGAAGAAUAUUUAUGGCGAAGCGCAAGCCGUACAAUUUGAAAAAUAUUAUUGUCGUCUAUAAUAUUUGCCAGGUGAUCUACAAUUCCGUAUUAUUUAUUUUGGUCAUAUACUUAAUAUUCGUAAAUCUGGCGUACGACCUACAAUGCAUGGAAAGCCUGCCGCAUAAACAUCCGUCUAAGGAACUGGAACGCUGGCUUACCUAUAGCUACUUCCUGAACAAGGUGAUAGACCUGUUGGACACUGUGUUCUUUGUGCUACGAAAGAGCUACAAGCAGAUAACUAUACUCCACGUUUACCAUCAUGUCCUGAUGGUGUUUGGCAUAUAUUGGGUGAUGCGGCUAUACGGAGUCGGCGGCCAAUACAUGAUGAUGGGAUUAUUCAACACUUUUGUACAUGCCGUCAUGUAUUUCUAUUAUUUUAUUUCCGCAAUGUAUCCGAAGCUUAAGAGCAGCCUCUGGUGGAAGAAGUACAUAACGGGGAUACAAAUAUUACAGUUUAUUCUUUUGUUUUUGCAAGCUACAUUAGUCUUGUUAUCCAAUCCUAGUUGCCAAUUUCCAAUGUUCCUGCAAUAUCUACAGCUCUCCCAGGCUUUAAUUAUGAUUGUCAUGUUUGGUAAUUUUUAUUAUCAUGCUUACGUUAAGCCCAAACAACAGAAACAGCAAAAAGCGCCCUAAAAAUGGUAAUUCUUUUUU